GUGCGCGGAACUGGCUGGGUGGAAGUCGUGAGGGUGUCAGAGUCUCGCGAGAGCUGCGUGCGGUCUCGGGCAGGCGUCUUCGCAGUUGCUCUUAGGGAGGCAGCGGGCCGUUCCGCCUCGGAUGGCUGCUAAGCAACGACUGCCCUCCUUGGCCCUGCGGGUCCUGGAAGAAGCGUUGGGCAUGGGCUUGACGACUGCUCGGGACACCGCGGAGGCGGUGGCCGCCGAGGGCGCCUACUACCUGGAGCAGGUCACUGUAACUGAGGCAUCUGAAGAUGAUUAUGAAUAUGAAGAGAUACCAGAUGACAAUUUUAGCAUUCCAGAAGGUGAAGAAGAUCUGGCAAAAGCAAUUCAGAUGGUCCAAGAACAGGCUACAGAUACUCAGAUUUUGGAGCAGAAAACAGUCCUUCCUUCAAAGCAACCAGUACCUGAAGUAAUAGAAGACUUUCUCUGCAAUUUCCUAAUCAAAAUGGGAAUGACCAGAACUCUUAAUUGUUUUCAGUCUGAAUGGUAUGAGUUAAUACAGAAGGGACUAACUGAACUUAGAGAUCUUGGGAAUGUUCCAGAUGUCUACACCCAGAAUAUGCUUUUAGAAAAUGAGAACAAAAAUUUGAAGAAAGACUUGAAACACUACAAACAGGCAGCUGACAAGGCUAGAGAAGACCUGCUGAAAACUCAAAAAGAACGUGAUUUUCAUCGAAUGCACCACAAGCGAAUAGUCCAGGAAAAAAACAAGUUAAUUAAUGACCUCAAAGGGUUGAAGUUACAUUAUGCAUCUUAUGAACCAACUAUAAGGGUGUUACAUGAGAAGCACCACACUUUACUGAAGCAGAAAAUGCUGACCUCUCUGGAAAGAGACAGAGCAGUUGGGCAGAUUUCUGGGCUUCAAGCAACAUUGAAGAAUAUGGAAAUAGGGCAUAAUUACCAUGCUUCUGAAAUUAGAGUUGUUCCUAACCGUGAAAAAGAAAAUGCACUGGAAGGUCCUACUCAGAAAGGUCUUCGUGAAGCCAGGGAGAAAAACAAAAGUAACACAAAGAUAAAAGAUAAUACAAAGGAUUCAGAAUUUCCCACAGAUAUGCAACCAAAUCCAAACCUGUAUUUAUAUAAAGAAAAUAUUUGUCCAGCAAAAGUUGACUACAAGCUGAAUAACAUUUUUAGACUUCAUGAACUUCCAGUGAGCUGCAUCAUCAUGCACCCCUGCAAAGACAUCCUAAUCUCCUGUGGGGAGGACCGCCUCUGGAAGGUGGUGGGACUACCCAAAGGCAACGUGCUUCUCACAGGAUUUGGCCACACUGACUGGCUUUCUGACUGUUGCUUCCAUCCCAGUGGCAACAAGUUGGCUACUUCAAGUGGUGACACUACAGUUAAAUUAUGGGACCUGUCUAAAGGCAAUUGCAUUUUGACCUUUGAAGGACACAACCAUGCAGUAUGGUCCUGCACAUGGCACUCCUGUGGUGAUUUUGUGGCUUCUUCCUCAUUGGAUACAACUAGUAAAAUCUGGGAUGUUAAUAGUGAAAGAUGCAGAUGCACUUUGUACGGACAUGUGGAUUCUGUGAACAGCAUUGAGUUUUUUCCUGGUUCCAACACUCUUCUCACAGGUUCUGCAGAUAAGACCCUGUCUGUAUGGGAUGCAAGAACAGGUAACUGUGAGCAAUCACUUUAUGGUCAUAUGCAUUCUGUCAAUGAUGCCACCUUCACUCCUAGGGGUCAUAUGAUAGCAUCCUGUGAUGCCUGUGGAGUAAUAAAACUAUGGGACUUUCGGAAGCUCUUACCAAUUGUAUCCAUUGAUGUAGGUCCAAGUCCUGGCAAUGAAGUGAACUUUGAUUCAUCAGGUCGAGUUUUAGCUCAGGCGAGUGGCAAUGGGGUUAUCCAUUUGCUGGAUCUUAAAUCAGGGCAGAUUCACAAAUUGAUGGGCCACGAGAGUGAGGCUCACACAGUCGUGUUUUCUCAUGACGGCGAGUAUUUGUUUUCCGGAGGUUCUGACGGCACCGUUCGAACGUGGUCUUGAUGGUCAGCAUAUCCCACUACAGAGGGCAUUCCCUUUAAGGCUUGAAAAUACCUUGCGUAGUACCAGAUCAGGAAAUAUCUGGUUAAAUAUGCAAGCAGGUAACAUUUACAAUUUGCCUGCAAACAUGCUUUGGACAUGUAUUUUAGUGCUCGUACUGUUACCAAUAAAAAAAGAACUUUUGCUCAUUUA